UGCAGGACAUCGGGACUCCCAUGCAUACAACCCCAGCUAUACAACUUGUUUCUUCGCAGAUGGAUGUUCUAUAGCGAGUAUGGCUACAAUCCCAACGACUAUGGAGGAAUGUCAUGGGUGUGGGGACAGGACUACUGCUUUUCUUUUGGUAGUGUAAGCAAUGAUGUCUCAUCUCUCAGGUAUGCAGGUCACGGAGGAGACUGUAGAAUCAGCUCCCUCACCCUUUAUGAACACGAGUACUUCAGCGGUGAGGAGUUUUAUUCGGGAAUUGACGUGCCCAGCGUGCCAGCCUCCAUGUCCAGGAUUGAUUCCAUCACCACCACCGGCAGUGAUUGGACUGUCUACACGUUGCCGAACUACACUGGAUCUCAAGUGUGCAUCCUCGCUGGUGGACCCCCUUGUUACGUGGCCUUAGUAACGGACCUUGCCGACCUAGGUAUCUCCACGGUCAGAUCCUUCCGGAGGGGCUGCUUCUCUGAAAGGAAAAUCCGACUCGAUACCCCUCAUCAUGGCUCUGUCGUCAAGACUAGGGAAUGACACCUAGGUUCAUCGCAUUAUAUAUGCAUUUGUCAAGAAUAAAGACGUGGGUUCUUCACUCGCGUAGUCUCUCAGA